AUGACCGUGUUCACCGGGAAAUCAGAGGCUUAUAGCAAACUAUUACACGAAGAUGUGUUAAAAGUUUUUCAACAAUCUUUUUCAAGUUUCACAGACGUACAGAUCAAAGCAGGAAAGGAACUUCUCACAUUUAAUGACGUUAUCGUUGAAUCGCCCACAGGUUCAGGAAAAACUUUAUCGUUCCUUCUCCCAUUAUUCACUCUUCUCAAAAAUAGAACCAAGCUAGAAAAAUUGGACAUUGGAGCACUCAUUGUUUCUCCUUCAAGAGAAUUAGCAAAACAAAUCGCCAAUGUGGCUAAGCCAUAUGCAGAUGCUUUAGGGUAUACCAUUGGAACCGCUAUAGGAGGAUCGAAGUCAGAAAAUAGUUAUAAAUCUCUUAUUAAAAAUGGAGGAAAUAUUUUGAUUGCUACCCCUGGCCGUCUCUACCAAGUUCUUGAAAUGGAUAAGGAUGAGAAAAUUCAAAGACGCUUAAAGAAACUAGAAGUGUUCAUUGCUGAUGAAGCUGAUCGAUUCAACGAGACACAGUUUGAAGUUCAUAUUAAAGCUAUUCUUGCUGCCAUACCUAGACAAAGAAGAACUGGUCUUUUCUCCGCUACACAGGCUAAAGAAAAAUCUGAUUUGGCCGUUUUCUCUUUGAGAAAUGCUAAAACCAUCAAGCUAAGAGAAAACAACGAUACCGUUGCUCCAUCUUCUCUCAAUAAUUUCUACACUGUUUGUGAAGCUGCAGAGAAACUCAUGUGCGCUAUUGAGUUCAUUAGAAAUCAUAAAGAUAAAAAGAUCCUUCUCUUCUUCCCAUCAUGCUGUGGAGUAGUCUAUUUCAGAGCCAUCUUGGAACAUGUCAAACUGAAACGCAAAAUUUUCGCUGUUCAUGGUAAAAGUAGUCAGAAGCAAAGAACUGACGAGAUUGCCAAUUUCCGGAAAAACGAUAACAGUAUCAUGCUCUCUACCGAUGUAAUGUCAAGAGGUAUUGAUAUUGAAGACAUCGAUUGGGUAAUUCAAUUCGAAAUCCCUAAACUUUCAAGUUGGUUCAUUCAUCGAGCCGGAAGAACCGCACGCUGUGGAAGAGAAGGAAAUGCCCUCCUCAUCUUGACACCACAACAAACAGCGUACACACAGUUUUUGGAAACUCACGAGAAAGUUGCAUUGAAAGAAUUGCAUGUAAAGACAAGCAAUGCUGACAAAGCAAAACAGCUCCGUGAGAAAAUUAUAAAAAUGGCUUGUGCCGACAGAAGCUUUUUGGAGAAGGGUACUAAGGCUUUUGUGUCUCAUAUCGAAUCUUAUGUGAAACACGACUGCAAUGUUGUGUGCGGCUUGAAAGCUCUCGAUGUUCCUGGCUUAGCUCAUUGCUACGGAAUUUUGCGUUUACCUAAGAUGAGAGAGCUCUCAGAAAGAGCUGACCUUUCCAAGUUUGAACGUAGUGAAAUUGAUACAUCUACCAUUCCAUAUUUGAACGAAAAAAUGGAAGCUAAGCGAGAAGAGAUUAUGAAAGUAAAGCACGAUAAGAGAGUUGCCUUCAAAAAACAGAAGGCUAUAGAUUUAGCGGAAAAGAACAAGAGAAUGAAUAAGGGCAAAGAACCACCAAAAAAAUUGACUAAAGAGGAAAAGGCCAAGGCGGAAAAAGAUGAGAAAAAUCUGAAACGAAAAGCAACCAAAGAAGCCCAGAAAGAGCGUGAUGACUUCGAAAGUGAUGUUCAGCUGAUUAGAAAAAUGAAACGAGGAAGAUUGAGCAGAAAGGAAAUGAAUGAUUUAAGAAUUUAA